UUUCAUUGACCCUCCUUAGAGGAAUAUGUCUGCCAUCUUUAGACCUGCUCACUCUUUGCAAAGGUUCUCCAUCUAUAAGCGACCUCAAGCGCAAUUUUCAUUAUGCAGGGUCCAACGUAGGUCCUUGGAGACAUCCAGUCCAGGUGCCUACGCCGAAAGGCCAGUGCGACUGAUGAACAGACAUGAAAAUGAAAAAAUCAUAAAUCACCGCUCCUUUGUAAAAGACAUUUCAAAGAUCCCAUUUGGGUAUGCGUUUGUUCCAUCGACCAACGCUGCUAUCGCGCAUAUCUGCCGGCGAAUGGCGACAGAGCAAAGCAGGGAGAUAUUUGCUUGUGUCAGUACCCAGCGGCAAAAACACCCGACAGACUCGCAACCAAGUUCCACUAAGGUCGGUCCGCAACCAGCUUUUGGUCUCUACGUCCCAUCCGAUAUUGCCGAUGCUGCUACGAUUCAAUUUGAUGAACAGAUAAGAGCUGUACAGGCAAAACAAAUAUUCUACAUAAACGAAUUCUUUCCUUAUAUGCCUUCUAGGCAAAUACGUUCAAUGCAUGCCAAAGAAUACAGGUACCAGCAGCGAUCGGAUUGGGAUUCAAAAAGGUUAAUGAAGGAGGUCAAGUGGACAGUGACGCAGAAGGUUGAAUUGUAUCUUAGGGGAUACAUACGCAAAGAAGAAGGCAAGCUUACGGAUGAAGAAGUAAAGCAGGUGAUGGCAUCGUGGAAGGAUGGCAAAGAGAUGCCAAAUGUUGGGAUUAUCUAGCAUUGACUGGACUUGUUUGGUUUCUAGCUUGGCUACCUGACUUUAACUGACUUGUAAUUCUCAAAGUCCUUGAAUAAUCAGAGCUUGGUUAGAUAUCCAACUGCGCACUUUAUGAUAUCUACGAUCUCAUCGGCUUGUUUCCAUAGAUCGUUGUGAUCACCGCUAGCUCUCAUCUCAACAAUUUCAAGCGUUGA